UCGCAACGACGAAUCAUAACAGUCAAGUAGAUGUUAUUCGUCCGUUCGCGGGUUGACUGUACUACUAGAUUAAAAAAUAGUGUUCAUAGACUUUUAUUAAUUAUCUAACUAUUAUUUAAUUGUAUCACUAUUGGAAUAUUCUUCAAGUGCUGUGAAUAAACUUUUUUUUUUUUUUUUUAGUUUAUUCAAUCAUUUUCUAUAACAAAUAAUUGCCAUUGGAAGUCGUGAGUCGUUCUCGACUCACACUAUUCUAUCGAGGUGGCGUGGGGUACCGUGAUGGAGUUGCAAAGUUGGUUUCUCUAUCACCUGGUGGCUGUUACUGACUGCAAUCAAGUUAGCUGAAUACUUUAAGAUGACAUUUUAUUUACUGUUGUAAAUACUGGUCACUAGAGACUCAAUCACACACUCACAAUUCUCAUUAUUGAAUCACUGUACAUACAACCGGCAUUAAGUAUCUGAUGUUUGACGUGAUGCAGUCGACAGCUACUGGGAGUGGAGCUUACCCGGGGGGUGGUACAGGCAGUAGAGCACGAGACUUGGGUUUAAGAGCACAAAAAAAAAUUCUGGGACGAGUUAUUUCUUCAAAUGCUGGAAGAUCUCUUUUCAUAGACGAUGCUACAACGUCACUUCUUGACAAUCUUUUCAAGCUUAUGGAGAGAGUAGCUAAAAGUAAUCCGAGCCUCAAUAAAAAACAACCGGAGAAAGUUUUAAAAAAUAUUGUUAAAUUGUCUAUCAAGAUUGGAUUAUUACAACGUAAUCAGCAAUUAAAUUCUUCUGAUGAAGUUAAAAUAAAUGAUAUCCGAGCGAGUUUGAGGGCUGUGGCGAUGUCUGUAGUUUCAUUUUAUGAAUUAGAAUUUAGUUUUGAUAGAAUUUAUUUAACGAGGUCAUUAGAGCGCUGUCGAACAGCGAUAUUAAAUUUGAUAAAGCCGCACUUGACAGAUAAAUCUCAAGAGAGAUGUGACCAAAUUUUCGAUUUUAUAACUCAUCCAGAAUUUCUCGACAGUGUUUUUCAAUCUUCAGAAUUGAGGCCGACACUGGGAUUACUUGUGGAUGAUAUUAAUAAAGCAUUAGAUGCUGGACAUCUUUGAUUUAACAAGCUAUUGCAACUGCAGUCAAAACUAAUUAUUUAACUAAUGUUUUAAUUAAAACAUUGUUUGCGUCCCGCACAACUUCACAUCCAUUGUCUCUGACUCAGUCAGAUUUUUAUUGUUAUCUCUACUACAAUUUACAUAAAAUAUACCAUGAGAGAAAAUUGUAAAUUUAUUCAUUCCAAGAAUACUACGGAUUUUUAUUGUCAGAAAAAUAUGACCAAAAAAAUUACGGAACAAAAGAGAAAGUCAUGAAAUUAUUAUUUUUUUAAUGUAAUUAAUUUUUAACAAUUGUUAUGAUUUUCGCAAUAAUGAUAAUUUAAUAACUAAUACUCUUUCCAUUAAAUACUUUUAUAAAUUGUUUGUAUUUUUAAGAUAUUAGUUUUGUUGUAUAUUUAUUAUCUUUUGUCAGUAGUUAAUAAUUUAGUAAUUACAUAUAAUAAUUAAUAAUAAUUGUUUCAAUACCAAAAAAGAAACCAAGAAAAAGAACAAAUAAUUAAAGACAAAACGUUUAUCGUGUUAUCCUGCAUGAUUAAACAUACUGCCUAUGCCUCAGAACACCUAAUUAUCAAUAAAUAUUAUAAAUUUUGGACACAACUACGUCAGUUAGUGA